CCAGUUUUAUUAUUAAAUCUUCAAAUGUGAAAUUUCUUUUGUAUUAGCAUAACUCUUAGUUAAGAAUCUAUAUUUUCUGGUUAAAAUGUUUCCUCUUAUUUAUUGGGCGUUUAAAGGAGUGAGUCAUUGCAUUUUAUUAAAUGUCUUUAUUUAGACUGGAAAUGUUUCUCAAAAAUAUAAUGCCAUGGUAUAAACUGUCUCUCAAAAGUGUAAUAAUUUAAGCUGCGUACAUGAUUAAUUCAUCACCAUCACCACUGUUGACGAACUGAUUAAGGUGCAGAUGGAUUAUUUUUAAAUUCAGAUGCAGUUUAUCAUGAGAGGUUCUGCAGCUCCACCAGCAGCUCUUGUUUGAAGUCUGAGUUCAAACUCCCAGUUGUGAAAUGCCACUCACAGCUAUUGGCAUUUAAUAAUAUACAAUAAUGAUUAGUGGUCUAAAUAUAUCAGACAGGCUGGGCCAUGUAAGUGGGAGUAAAUCGGUAGCUGGCACGGGGAUGAUUUGAAGACUUAAUGUUGCUAAUAGCCCAAUGAAAUUCAUGCUCUUUAAACAAUAGGAUCAUCACAAACCCUCCAGCCAGAGAGAGACGCACUGGGACUAAGACAGAAAACAUGACAUAUAGAAAAAAUAACAAGAGAGCGUGUGAGGCCAGUCCAGAGAGAGAUGGGUUGCAGAGACAAACACAGAUGGUCUGCUGAUACAGUUCUGUUUAUGUCAGUGAUGAUGGGCAGCUUGAUUACUGAAAUAAGCCCUAAUGGCACACGAAUCCUGUGAGAUCAUUUAGACGGGAUUUGGAGCAGAAGUCUGUGAGUCAGUCAUUCACAUUAAAGAGCUGCUACGUGGGAGGUUUAAGAGUUUGAGAGGAGACGAAUAAGUGAAAGGCUUUGUUAUGAACCAGAUCACACGGUUUUCCAAGCAUGCAUGAUUAAGUUGUUGCAAAUACAAAUUUAUUAAAAUCACACUUGUGAAUCGAAUUGAUGCACUUUGUGGAGCUCAUGAAUAAAGAAAAUUAGAGAGAGGAGGAUGGAUGGAGAACGGUUAGUAAAUCAGGAAGGACAGAGGAUUAGGAAGGAGGAAACGAGGGCAGCUAUCACAGUCCUGGAGAGUGAGAGGAUGACUGAGCAAUGGAGAAGAAGUUCACUGGUACUGAUUUUCAAGAACAAGGGUUACAGAGGGAUGAAGCUGAUGAGCCGGGCCAUGAAGAUAGAGGAAAGACUUGUUGAAGCUAGGAUAAGAAGAGAGGUGAGGAUCAGUGAGCAGCAGUAUGGCUUCAUGCUGAGAAAGUGCUCUACAGAUGUGAAGCAGGGUUUGAGAGUGUUGAUGGAGAGGUGUAUAGGAGUUGCACUGCGUCUUUGUGGAUCUAGAGAAAGCAUAUGAAAGGAGCAGCAGAGAAGUAUGUGAGGGUGGUGCAGGACAUGUAUGAGGUCACCGGUGACGUGUAUGGUAGGAGUGAAUGAUGGUUUCAAGGUGGGGGUGGGAUCAGGGUUUGGUUUCAUGUCCCUUCUUGCUUGCAGUGUUGUUGGACAGGUUGACAGAUGAGGUCAGUUCAUGAGCUUUCGUGUUUCCAGAUGACAUUGUGGUGUGUAGUGAGACGAGGGAGCAGGUGGAAGAGAGCCUGGAGAGGUGGAGGUAUGCACUGCAGAGAAGAGGAAUGAAAGUCAGGAGGAGCAAAAGAGAACACAUGUGUUUGAAUGAGAGGGAGACGAAUGUAACAGUGAAGCUGUGAAAAGGUCAUGAAUGUGGAUGAGUUUAAAAACCGGGGUCAGCUAUCCAAAGCAACAGAGAGUGCACAAGAGAGGUGAAGAAGAGAGUGAAGGCAGGGUGGAGUGGGUGGAGACGAGUGUUAGGUGUGAUUUGUGACAGAAGGAUAGCAGCAAGAGUGAAGUGAAGGUUUACAAGAUGGUAGUGAGACCUGCUGUGAUGUUUAGUGUGGAAAUGGUGACACAAACAAAAAGACAGGAGGCUGGGCUGAAGGUGGCAGGGUAAAGACGUCAGUAUUUUCGCUGGGACUGACCAGAAAUCAGAGGGACAGCUCAGGUCGAGCAGUUUAGAGACAAAGCUAGAGGUGCAAGGCUGAGAUGGUUUGGACAUGUGCAGAGGAUAGACACUGGAUAUUUUAGGAAUACAUGAGGAAAAGAGGAAGAACACAAAGAUGAUUGAUGGAUGUAGUGAAGGAGGACAUGGUUAGUGUGACAGAGGAGGAUGGUACACAGAGAGCAGAUGCAAGCAAAUAAAAAAAAUGUGGUCAUCACUAAUAUUUAUUUAGAGUAAUCACAUCCUCAGCAUACUCAGUCCACCUUCUCCCACUGGAAAACAAAAAUACAACAGUCACAAAAUGAUUCCUGCUUUGUCCUCCCUUCUGCAGAAUGGCCACCAGACCACAAGAUGUUUUCUCUUUCAAAGACGCUGAACUUCCCUCUCACCUGCUCGCAAAGCUCAACGUCCUCCGGCAGGAGCGCAUCCUGACGGACGUCCUGCUCUGCACUGAACACCAGGAGAUCCCCUGCCACAGGAACGUCCUGGUGUCCAGCAGCCCGUACUUCCGUGCCAUGUUCUGCAGUAACUUUCUGGAGAGCAGCCAGGCGCGCGUGAAUCUGAAGGGAAUCUCUUCAAAUGUGCUCAUUGGCAUUGUGGACUAUGUUUAUACGGGCUGCAUCACCAUCACCAUGGACAUUGUGCUCCCACUCAUGCAGGCAGCUUCCAUGCUUCAUUACGGAAGCCUCUUUGAAGCCUGCUCCGUGUUCCUCCAGGAGCAGCUGAGCCCGGAAAACUGCCUGAGCAUGAUCCGACUGUCUGAGAUCCUUCACUGUGAGAGCUUGAAGGAGAGGGCUAAGGAGAUGGCUGUGAGGUCCUUCUCUGACGUGGCCGCUACAGAAGAUUUCUGUGAGUUGUCUCUCCCGGAGCUCAUGUGUUACCUAGAAGACGACCGACUUUGUGCUGAGGAGGAACAAGUGUUUGAGACCCUGCUGGCGUGGAUCCAUCAUGACCCGUUCUCACGACGGGGCGCAAUCCACGAUCUCUUCAAGAAAGUCCGUCUGCGCUACAUCCACCCAACUUACCUCUUCCAGUUCAUUGCCAAUGAUCCACUGGUGCAGAGCUCCAGCCUUUGCACUGAGAUAAUCGAGUCAGUCCGCCGCCUAAUGCUUACAGUCAGUGCCAAGUGCAGCCGUGAGCUGAAGCCUCUGUGGACCACACCGAGACGUUAUACCUGCAGAGAAACGCUGGUGGUAGUUGGAGGACGCAAAAACAACGAACAGACUUCAAGGGAAGCGUUACUCUAUGACGAAAGGACUCAGCGUUGGCAGUGGUUGGCCAAGCUCCCCUUGCGCCUCUACAAAGCCGCGUAUGUGUGCAUUCACAGUAUCCUCUACGUCCUCGGCGGGCUCAGCCUCUGCAUGACGUCAGGCGACAGCUCGGUCAGCGCUACAGUUUACACACUCUCCCUCAAAACGAACCAGUGGAGAACUGCCGAGCCCAUGCUGGAGCCACGAUAUGCCCACCAAAGCGUCUCAUACCUGCACUUUAUUUUUGUGUUAGGAGGCAUCGGUGUAGAUAAGCGCAUCUCUCAAUCAGUAGAGAGAUAUAACAGUAUGUUUAACCAGUGGGAGGCCAUGGCACCCAUGCCCACAGCCGUGCUUCAUCCAGCUGUUGCAGCCAGUGAUCAGAAGAUCUAUGUUUUUGGAGGGGAGGACGCCAUGCAGAACCCAGUCAGGCUGAUUCAGGUGUAUCACAUCGCUCGCAAUCUGUGGUCCAAAUUAGAGACAAGGACAGUGAAAAAUGUCUGUGCUCCUGCCGCCGUUAUAGACGACAAGAUCUAUAUCAUAGGAGGGUACACCACGCGAAUGAUAGCCUACGACACCAAAGCCAACAAAUUCUUCAAGUGUGAGAACCUGAAGGAGCGACGAAUGCAUCACAGUGCUACAGUGAUCAACGGCAAGAUCUACGUCACCGGUGGACGCAUCCUGAAUGGCCACGACGUCAUCGAGGACUCGGACUGCUUCGAGUGCUACGACCCAAAAACAGACGUUUGGACCUCUAAAGGUUCUCUGCCGUACAAGCUGUUCGACCACGGCUCUCUCCCGCUAGUCUGCGUUUCCAACAGACCCAACCCACCAUGACCCACCAUCUAAUCACCACUUGCUCCUUUUUAUUGUGAUCUUCACCUGCCCUUUGCCAUUAUUUAUUGGCUUCUAACAGAAAUGGGAAACCAUGUCAGAGUGACACCAUUCUUCCACGCAGCUCAGUAAAGUGGCAUUUAAGGCCGGGCUGACUUUCAUCUGCAUCAGAGAAGAAGAGCUCAGCUGGCACGCAGAGGUGUCAUUUCUAAGGAUCUGGGACGGAAGUGAACCGAGAACCCCAGAAAUGAUGAGAGGCAGCUGCUCGGACACGUAUGUAAUCCAAACAGCUGUUUAAAAGCUGUUUCCGCAGAUGGAUACACUUGUAUAAAGCAAACUAAAUGUGUUAAUACUGUAUUUUCCAAGAUAUUUGAACACAGCGUGUCACUCUGUAUGGCAGCUGCACUUAACUCUUGACAAAACUGAAACUGGUUAAUAAUUUGCACUUUAUAGGUAAAAAAAAUAAUACAUUCCUUCCUGACCCAGAUGUGUAUCAGAGGGCACUGAUUAAUGAGAAUAAGGGCUACUGCAAAGUUGUACUUGCUCUGAUUUUUGGUGAAGUUUUGCAAAGAAGAACUUUUUUUUUCUCACCUGUAGCAACUUUAUUCCAGUCUUGGGGGGUUGAUUUUCAGUUAAAACCCAACAAAGCUUGUUCUGUUUUAAAGAUGUCUGCUUAAAACAUGGCAGAACCAGUAUGCAAAGAUGUGACGUUUUGGAUCAGUCCAAGAUCUGUGAGCAAAUAUUUCAAUGGUGGUUUACAUUCAUAUUUCACCGUGCACGCAAAUGUCAUUAGAUAAAGACAGCACUGUGGCCUGCUGUGAGCGGGCAUGAGUAAAAAAAUGUUGUUAGAGAUCCUUUUUUUGUGUUUACGGGCUACAUCAGACACCAGGGGCAACCUAAAGGUGGUCUGGCAUAAUCAUACCAACUGAUCUGGAAUUAAUUUUUUAUUCAUUUGGGAAAUCAUAGUCAUACAGAAAGAAAUCCUUACCUGUCAAGACUUUGAUUGCCAUUACAUCCCUCUGUGUCCUACAGACCUCUUGUCCCUCAUGGAGCAUGCAUUCAGUGUUUUGCUCCAGCCCUUGGUAACUCCAUUAUUGGAUAAUUUGUGGUAUGCAUCUUAAUGUUUGAGACUUUCUCACGAAUCAACUGAACAAUGCAUUGCUGCUACUUGCACAUUAAGAGACUUCCUCUUUAUUUUUGUAUGCGCUAUUACUUGUACGAUGUGCAUAAAUGUUGUGAUUAUGUACUAAAGAGAAAGUCAAAUUUCUAA